GUAAUUUUUCCCACUGUAGGCUGGCAGCGAUGGGGAAAGUAUUGGGAACUGCCCAUUCUCUCAGCGCCUCUUUAUGAUCCUGUGGCUCAAAGGUGUCAUAUUCAAUGUCACAACUGUGGAUCUGAAAAGAAAACCUGCGGACCUGCAGAACCUGGCCCCGGGCACCAACCCCCCGUUCAUGACCUUUGAUGGGGAAGUGAAAACCGACGUCAACAAGAUCGAGGAAUUCUUGGAGGAAAAGCUGGCGCCGCCCCGGUAUCCCAAACUCGCACCGAAGCACCCCGAGUCGAACUCUGCAGGAAAUGACGUCUUUGCAAAAUUCUCUGCGUUUAUAAAGAACCCGAGAAAAGAUGCAAAUGAAAAUUUGGAAAAAUCUUUGCUCAAAGCCCUGAAGAAGCUGGACAACUAUUUAAAUAGCCCCUUGCCUGAUGAAAUCAACGCUUACAGCACGGAGGAGAUCACCGUUUCCAGCCGGAAAUUCCUGGACGGAGAUGAGCUCACUUUAGCAGAUUGCAACCUCCUACCAAAGCUCCACAUAAUCAAGGUUGUUGCAAAAAAGUACCGAAAUUUUCAUUUCCCACCUGAAAUGACGGGGAUUUCAAGAUACUUGAAAAAUGCAUAUGCCAGAGAUGAAUUCACAAACACGUGCCCUGCUGACCAGGAGAUUGAGUAUGCGUAUUUGGAUGUGGCAAAGAGAAUGAAGUAACCAGAAGAUGCCUCUGUUUAUUGCUUCUGUGAUGGGCAACAGCCAAGCUGGAAAAGCAAGAACCAGCAGAGAUUCUGCGGAGAGAUUUUGAGUUCUGCUA